ACGAAUGUAGCCACGAGCGUGACGAACGCUUCGUUCGAAAAUACAACAAGGAAGUGAGCGUUUAUUGUAAAGGAAAAUAAUCACCGGAUAAAACGUCUCCCCUAAUCAGAGGUCGCUCCGCUCGGUUGUUGGGUGUCGGGUGGGCUGAAGUCACCGUGGACUCGCCCGAGAGCCCGUUUCUGAUCGUUUCGGGGAAUUCUUCAUUUAGCCAGCUAGCUAGCUAGCGAUGAACACGGACGUGGAAUUUCACAUCAGGCAGAAUUAUCCGUGGAACAAGCUCCCAGCUAAUGUCAAACAGAGUUUGGGAAACUCUCAGCGUGAAUAUGAGAAACAUGUGCUUCUGUACAGCAUCCGCAACCAGCUGCGAUUCCGGAAUAACCUAGUGCGCCAUGUGAGGAAAGAUGAGCGCAAGUAUUACGAGGAGCUGCUGAAGUACAGCCGGGACCACCUGAUGCUGUACCCCUACCACCUGUCUGACAUCAUGGUCAAAGGGCUACGAGUCACUCCAUUUUCGUAUUACAUAGGAAUCAUGGAGGAUAUUAUGAACAGUGAGAAGAGUUAUGACUCCUUGCCCAACUUCACAGCUGCUGACUGUCUGAGGCUGCUUGGCAUUGGGAGGAACCAGUACAUUGACCUGAUGAACCAGUGCAGGUCCUCCAAAAAAUUCUUCCGCAGGAAAUCGGCUCGAGACCUGCUUCCAGCCAAACCAGUAGAAAUCUCUGUGGAGCCGUGGUGGGUGGCUCAGACGGGCUACAUCACCGAGGAUGACAUAAGGAUCUGUUCCCCAGCAGAGAAGAGAGCCAUUGAUAAGAUGAUAGAUUCUGGCCCUCAGCUGGCUGGAUCAAUGGAGUACAAUGUGGUGUUAAGCCUGUACAAUCGGGGCUUCAUCUACCUGGAUGUUCCCAUAUCUGAUGACAGCUGCAUCUCAGUCCCCCCCCUCGAAGGGUUCGUCAUGAACCGUGUCCAGGGUGAUUACUUUGAAACACUUCUCUACAAAAUCUUUGUGUCCAUUGACGAGCAGACAAACGUAGCAGAGCUGGCGAACGUGCUGGAAAUUGACUUGGAUUUAGUGAAGAAUGCAGUUUCUAUGUACUGCCGCCUCGGUUUUGCUGUAAAGAAAGGACAAGCGAUCAGCUCUGACCAGCUCCACCCCACCUGGAAGAAUGCCCCAUCUGUCAACAGACUCAAGAGCACCAUGGACCCCCAGAAGAUGCUACUGUCCUGGGAGCAGGGCAGUCCCGUCAUGGAGGGAGGGUCCUCAGCCACAGACACCGACACCACCAGCCUGGAAGACCAAGCAGACACUGCCAGUGUUAGCAGCCUGAGCAUUCCAGCUGCACCCACUAAGAGGAUCGCCUUCCUCUUUGACUCAACACUGACCGCCUUCCUCAUGAUGGGCAACUUGUCUCCGAACCUGAAGAGUCAUGCAGUGACCAUGUUUGAGGUGGGUAAGCUGUCUGAUGAGACCCUCGACAGCUUCUUGGCUGAGUUGGAGAAGGUGGAAAGCACAGCAGAGGGGGAGGCUCAGCGCUACUUUGACCAUGCGCUAACCCUUAAAAACACCAUCCUCUUCCUGCGCUACAACAAAGAACUUACUCAGGACCAGGGACCUGAUAUCCCAAACAUAGGUUUUCCUUUGGACAUGUUGCGCUGUGAGAGCCUGCUGGGUCUGGACCAGGCCACUUGCAGCCGUGUCCUCAACAAGAACUACAAACUGCUGGUCUCAAUGGCACCCCUCAGUAACGAGAUCAGACCCAUCAGCAGCUGCACGCCUCAGCACAUUGGCCCAGCUAUCCCCGAGGUGAGCUCCAUCUGGUUCAAGUUGUAUCUGUACCACGUGACUGGCCAAGGCCCGCCAUCUCUGCUGCUGUCCAAGGGCUCCAGGCUCCGCAAACUGCCGGAGAUUUUCCAGGUUUAUGACAGAUUGUUGAUCACUUCCUGGGGUCAUGAUCCUGGAGUCGUCCCCACAUCCAACGUCUUGACGAUGCUGAAUGACGCCCUCACACACUCUGCUGUUCUAAUCCAGGGUCAUGGUAUGCAUGGUCAUGGAGAAACGGUUCACAUCCCAUUCCCUUUUGAUGAGGAGGACCUGAAGGGAGAGUUCUCCUACUCCAACAUGUGUGUGCACAAAGCGCUGCAGAAGCUGAAAGAGCAUGUAGAUCUGGAGCACCAGUGUGGCUACAUCACCAUGCUCAACUCCAACAACAGGCACCGUCGCAGGGCCAGUGACAGCGCUGAGUGCAGAGGAGACACCCAUCUUGGUGGAGGCCUGGACACCAACGGCAGCACGGAGUCUUUUGAGCUUGUGACAGAAGAGAAUGGGGAGGGCAAAGGAAAGACAGACACCCUUUCAUCUGAAGACGAGUGGGUCCCUCUUGAACUGUGCUUUGGCAUGCCCCUCUUCAGCUCCGAGCUCAAUCGCAAAGUGUGUCGAAAAAUUGCCUCGCACAAACUGUGCAGCAGCGAGAGCCUUCAAGAGCUUCUUCACUCAAGCCGAAAGCUAUCGCUUAAAGUGCUAAGCUUCGUUCAGUCAUUCCAGGACGGCGGGCAGCCCUCCGACCUGGACAGCGGCGUGUCAAACCCUCUCAGCCAGCCUCCGGCCGAAUCCGGCGUUCCUCUGCCCUGCCUCAACCUCCUCUUCAAGGACGGGCAGCUGAGGGAAUGGAGCGGGCGGGCCCCUCCCCCUCUGAACAUCUCAGCACUGCAGAAAGACCAGCCGUCAUAAACCAUCACCCACAAUCGUCAGAUGACGAGGAAACAGCAUCUCAGUGAGAAGGGCCAUCCUCUGUUUCUUUGCAGCGUCGCGUCUCACCGAGGAUAUUCUCAACCAUGGUCCAGCCUGCAUCUUCAUAUUCGCUCACAAGGAAUAUGCCCUCAUUUAUAGACACACCUUCUUGUCAGUAUCCAAAGAUGGGAGAAUGAGCCCCAUCAGCUGUUUGUCAUUUAUCUACUGUAUGAGGAACAAUUCUUAACAACACUAGUACCAAACCCCUUUUGCUGUUUCUCUCUGUGGUUCCUUGUUUUCGUAGCAAGGUAGUGUUAUCUGUUUGAGUGGUGCUAUUAUCACCUUAUAUAAGAGUGAUGCAGGGAAACAGCAUUCAACCUGGAAGACCAUUUUACUGGAAAGACGAGUGCUGUUUACCGCUAACACCCCCACACCCAUCCUCCAAUGACAAGAGGUUUUGUUUAUUCAUUACAGUGUAAAGUGAUAUCCUAGAUGUUCCAAAUAAGACCUGCAAACUACAACCUUCUUCAGGAAUCACUGACAAUAUGCAUAUUAUAGGACCAAGUCCAUGGACUUAACCAGGUUCAGUUCUAAUACAGACCCUGCAGCCUCCUCGUGUCGUCUCAUGUUCAGUGAUCUAAUGCAUGAUACUGUUGCACAACUCAUAAGAAAAUAAUUUCCUCCUCACUUGUAAUGAAUAAUUGUGGGCAUUUAUUAUUUGCACUGUGCAGGAUUUCUCCAAACCUGUGGAUAAAUAAAUUACAUUUUCUCUUUCUUUUUUUUUAACAUUAGAUGGUUUGUAGUGUGCACAUCAUUUUAGAGCUCAUGUUUAUUAGAAGGAAUUGUUUCCUCAUGGAAACUUAGAGAAGUUAAGAACUGCCUGGGCAUCUGAGAAACUCAUGGUUUUUACCCUUUUCUUUUUUUUUUUUGUCCUUAGAUAACACCAAAGACAUUUUCCAUUUCACUUUAAAUUAUUUUUUGCUCCCCCCCACCCAACUGUUUUUUUUUUUUUUUUUUUUUUUUUUGCUGCCUUAUUAUAAUCAUUCAGCCUGAACGAACCAAGCUUGGAUUAAAUCAGUUAAUUUUCUUUGCAUUGCUUUUUCUAAAUUCAGCUGUUCUUUUAAUCAAUUCUUUGGAUUUGAUGGAGUGCAUAUAGCUAAUACAAUUAACAGUGGGUCAUAAAGUACCGACCUUCCCUGUUCAACAAUGUGACCAGAUCAUUGAAAUGUGACACACUGAAUAGAGCAGGGGCAGUUACAUUUGUGUGUUUGACCCGAGACUGAUGCCAGUAUUGCUUGCCAGUGUUUCUCUCUGGGUGAACCAGCUUGUGUGCAGUGCACUGCUCUCUCGCCCAAGCCCGCCACACUCUCCAAAGGAUUCUGUUUACACCGUGUUUUGAGAAAAACUGGUUUUGUAGUCAUGAGAGAAGACAGCUUUGCCGUGGAGGCUUUCACAGACUCAGAGAAUGGAUAUGUUAAUGCUUUGCCUGGUUUCUCACAGAUGAUGAUUAUAACACAAAAGGGUGUGAAGCCUGUUGCACAUCAUCUUUUUAUUGCAUUUAAAAUGAAAACUCAGUAUGUUGAGGUCUUUUUUUAAUUUUAAAAAUCUGCUCUCUGCAGUUUUUGACCCACUUGUAGUAGUUGUUUCUUAAGAUGUGUUGCUGAAAUAGUAAAAAAAACAAAACAAAACAUGAGGUCCAGCUGAAGCAUGAUGACUGUGUAGAAGUUGUGCGUAUGUUGUGUAUGCGUGUGUCCUGUACAUCUCACAGGUGUGUUUUAAUACAUGCCUUCCUUUAACAGUGAGAGUUCCUUCCCAGUUCUGCCUGUCAGUUAUCUAGUUGCAGUUGCGCAUCCUUCCUUAUCCACAUCCACAGUGUUUAAAAUGAUAGUUUUAUAUGUUGGCCCAUAUUUUAGGAAAUCUUUGUUGUAGCUUGUUUGAUGGGACUGUGUAUAUCAUUGACUGAACAAUAAAGGUAACGCCCUUGUAAUUAAAAAAGGUUACAAAAAAAUAAAUAAAGAAGUGACAUUCCUUCACUAUGCCCCUUCUCCAUCCCUGCCUCUUCUCCAGAUACAUAUGUUCACCAAUAAAUAUGUAAAAAGUAUAUGAAAAUAUAAAUAAAUAUGUAAUAAGAGGAAACUGUUUCCUCCUUGAUAAA